AACUGUUGGAAUAAACUUGAUAUUUGUCCGACUUGCAAUGAGGAUCUGUCAGGAACCAGGAAUUUCUCUUUGGAAGCUAUGUCGGAGUUACUAUAUUAUCCCUGUCACAAUUCCGAUUAUGGUUGUAAAGAAAACCUGAGAUUAAACGAAAUGGACGACCACUUAACAGUUUGUAGUUUUCGCAUUUACAAGUGUAAAGUGAGUGGUUGCUCUUGGAGAGGCAGAAGAACAGGCAUAGAAGAUCACUUUCUCAAUUCUCACAGAGAGGCCGUCAUUAUUGGUCCAGAGAAUUGGUCUCGGUGGAAAAACUUGGGCAGCACUAUUUAUCUUAUGUCAGCCCACAAGGAAAUUUUUUACGUACACACGAAUACUGUUAAAAAUUACAUCUACUGGGUAGUUCAAUAUAUUGGAAAAUCUGAAGACACAAUUCAGUAUUAUUUUCAGAUCGACAUAUUUAGUGACCAAUUCCAGAACCGUAAAAUAAUAAUUUGUGAAAAUUGCCAAGAUGACAUAAAGGAUGACAUCACGGAAAUAAUAGACUCCGGAUAUGCCGUGGGCAUCCCUAUAGCAGUGUUGGAGACUUACAGAAAUGAAAACAAAGAAGUGUGGUACAAUAUCUCCAUCAAAAAGACUUAGCUAAGCAACAACUUUAUCUUAUCACCAUUGUAAUGCAGGCGUUGAUAUUUUAUUACAAAAGGUCGCUAAGCAAGUGAACCGUUAUUCUAUCUGAAAUAAAACAUGGCAACUAACCAUUAGUGACCAGUAACUAU